AUGACAUCUCUGAUAGAUCUGCCCCUUGAUAUUCUCCACGAGCUUGCUGCGUUCUGCGGCAAAGCAGAGCUCUUAUCCCUGCGGCUCGUCUCUCGACCGCUAGCUUCCUUUUUCCUCCCGUAUGCGGACCGACAGCUUGCCCUCGAGAUCCGCCGUAGGGCCCAUUACCACUUGCACAGAGCUGCGGGAAUUUCAGGCUCUCAUGAGAAGGCAAUGGUACGGAGGUUAUUAGAUGCUGGGGCACCUGUCAACCAAUACGACGCGGCCGGCGAGACUGCUUUACAUGUCGCAACUCGUCAUGGCAACCUGGACGCAGCACAUGUCUUGCUAAGGGCUGGUGCGGAGGUUGAUGCAAUCACUGCCCACGCAUGGACGCCGUUGCAUCUUGCCUGUCGAUACGGAUAUGUGGAUAUCGCGCGAGAGUUAGUAGUCUUUGGAGCUGAUGUUAACAAACCCGGUUUCCAUGGCUGGACGGCUUUGCAUUAUGCCGUUCGGGGCAGACACGUUAAUUGUGCGCGGGUACUCCUGGAAUUCGGCGUUGAGGUUGAUAUAUGUGAUAGUGACGGGCGAUCAGCACUGAAAGAGGCGAAACACCAAGGAUGGGGUGUGUACAGAUGCUAUUAUGUCAAGUCAUAG